GCGGCGGGCGCGAUGGCGGCGAGGCGGCGCUGAGCGGGCCCGACAUGGCGGAGCUGGCGGCGGCCGAGGGGCCGCCCAGGGGCCGCACCCCCAGCCCGGGCCCGGCGCCGGGUCCCGGGGGGGUGCCGGGGCCGCCCAGCCCCCGCUCGGCCGCUCCGGGGGCUUCGGGCACGGCGCUGGGCACGGCCCCGGCCCCGGCUGCCUCCAAGUGGGUGCGGCUGAACGUGGGCGGCACGUACUUCGUGAGCACCCGGCAGACGCUGUGCAGGGAGCCCAAGUCCUUCCUGUGCCGCCUCUGCUGCCAGGACGGGCCCGAGCUGGGCUCCGACAAGGAUGAGACGGGUGCAUAUCUCAUCGACAGAGACCCCACCUAUUUUGGUCCAAUACUGAACUACCUCCGCCACGGGAAGCUUAUCAUAAACAAGGAGCUCGCAGAAGAAGGGGUCCUGGAAGAAGCCGAGUUUUACAACAUUGCAUCUCUCGUGCGACUGGUGAAGGAGCGGAUACGGGAUAACGAGAACAGAACCUCUCAAGGACCUGUGAAGCACGUGUACAGAGUCCUGCAGUGCCAAGAGGAGGAGCUCACACAGAUGGUGUCCACCAUGUCAGAUGGGUGGAAAUUCGAACAGCUCAUCAGCAUUGGAUCUUCCUAUAACUACGGAAACGAAGACCAGGCAGAAUUCCUCUGCGUCGUGUCCAGGGAACUCAACAAUUCCACCAACGGCAUCGUCAAAGAGCCCAGUGAGAAGGCAAAGAUUCUUCAGGAGCGAGGAUCCCGGAUGUAAUUCAAGUGUCUACUCCUCUAAAAACCCCAGAUGUCAAAAGGGCAAUCUAGCUGGGCAGAGCAUCUCUCCGCAGUGCAACCUUGCCCCUGUACAGUAACCAAGCCAACACAAAGCAAAGCCAAGCCUGUCCUGCCAACGGCGAGUAAUUCUGGUCAGAACCAAAGGCUUCCCUCCUACUCUGGAAACCAAGAAAAGAAGAGACUCUUCCAGUUGGAUAGUCCUUUCUACAAGUAUCUGUUUCAUUUUCUUGGCCAGCGCUGUAUUGAAUUUUUCCAACAAUGGCUGGGCUGGAUUCCCAGGUGGAGCCUUUGCAAAGGUUGCUCAGGUCCCCAGGCCCUUGUAGUCAGUCCCACCUUGCACAGGCUGCCGUGGGUGGGAAGAGCUGUUUGAGCUGUGCCAUUUCUUGCACCCAGGUCUACCACCACCAGAAUAGUGCAAGGGCCUUGCAAUGCUCCCCCCUCCUGAUCAGCCACUCCCCCCCAGAUCAGAACAGGGUUUUAAAAAGAGGAACAAAGCAACCACUUGUAAAAAGAAAAACUUUUUUCAUUCUUGCUUUCUAUUUGUUCCUUGUUCAAUUCCUAAGAGCUGAGUUUAGACACUGAGGGGAGGGAGUUGUGUGUACAUCCAACAUGGGUCAUGCUGUUACUGACAUUACGUACGGGCUCCUGGCGUUUUCCAAAGCCCAUUGCUUCUCGUGCAUAAACAAAAAGAGACCUGUGUUCACCCAGAAUGGUGGUAGAAUAAUAGUUCUGUCCUGUACGCUCCUCUGUUGAAGAGACUGGCAACAUCUUUUCCCCUUUGACCAUGACCAUAUCUUAGCCUGGUGCAAAGUCACAAGGUUAGGGACUUGUUGCUGCCAAGUUCAGCUUUGCCUUGUUUGUCUCCAGCAGCAUGAGCUCCACUGCCUUCCUUCUCACCAGAGUACUUAGGGCAGAAUUUCUUUUGUACUGUAGCAAGCAGGUAGGUUUGUUUUCGCCCACGAGAUUCUUUGCGGAGGAGAUCCCCUAUUUACACGCAAUGAUUUAUCUGCGGCCCCCUCGUGUACCCACCUUUAAGAGACCACCUCGAAUUACAGAGGGGCAUCACAGAGCUGGGGAGGGGUGGUGGUGGUGAAAAGUUGCCAAACUGUUGUAAUGUUUCUUGUCCAAAGUGAUGUAUCGACUCCUGUGACUUCUUUUUUUUUGGAAUGCCUUGGAUGGAUGUGCAAAAUGUUUGUUUGUGCCUCUUGAAUCUAAUGUUAGCCAAACUGCAGUCACUGCUUCCCCUCUGUUAACCUGUGCCAUCCCUAACCAAGGGCAUGUCCCUUCUUGUCUGGUAAAUGGAAUUUCUUAGGAAUUCACUGCUGCAUGUUUUACUCCUUUCAUCCCGGCUUUGUUCUUUGUAGCCUAAGUGUCCU